CUACUAGGAAGAAAAUUAACUCUGUCCCAGCCAAAACCAGGACCAGAUUUUCAAAUUUUGUCCUGGCUGUACUCCUUCAUCUUCACGGUCGUCUUUCUUUUGCCUCAGUCUCGGUUCCUUUGCCCAGUGUCGGUAUCUGGGUGUUAUGCCAUUUGCCCAGCAGGUUAAGUCCUUGAUUUCCGCUAGUUUCAGCAGACAGCAUGUGCAUUCUGAAUCAAAUAUACAUGGCAAAGACCCAGUCUGCAAUUCCUACUGCUCCUUGGCAGGAGUUUAUUCAAUCUGUUCCUCUUGACUCUUAUCCUGGCUUGUGGUCUUAUUUACAGCGUGAUGGCAGAGUUAUUUCCACUCCACAGCUCUGUAGUGAUAUUGUCUAAAUACGUCAGGAUGAGAUAUGGCUGGAGAUCUGUGGAGAGCUGAACUUAAUUGAAAUUCUGCAAGAGCUAUCUGUUAUUUUUAGGCAUUUUUUUUUAAGUAAUAUAAAAUGUAGACUUUUGGGAAUGGGGAUUGAAACUUGUGUUCUGUCCUUGAGAGAUACUGUUUGAUCUUCUGAGCCAUCCUGUGAAUACCCUACUCCUGGACCUCAUAUGUAAAAGGUUUCCAUCAUAUUUUAUACUAUUCAGGGAUUACAUAGACGUAUAAUAAUGUAGGUGCAGUUUAUGCUUUAAAGUCUCAGUGCAGAGCCAUGGAUUUGGCAAAGAGCUAGGGAAAAGAAGUUUUGGUUAACUCAUGUUUAGGGAGGAUCUGUUUCAGGAAAUCUUUAACCAAACAAUUCCAAAUAUUCAUGCUGAUACUGUAGAAUGUAAGUUUGUAUUGUUUUCUCUUGUCUUUUAUGUACUUAAGACAAAUUUGUGUCUUAAAAACAGGGUUUGGGAAUAAACAUAUUCUUUGUUCUGAACAGAGUACAUCCCACUGAAUUUACAGUGGGAUUUCAAAUUACUGCAUUUUGGCUAUCUGUCCGUGUCCAUGGUCAUAUCCCACAGUCAAGGUGAAGUAAGCUAUUCCUCGUUCAGUGACUUGUGAUUGCCACUUAUGUUAGUACACACAACAGUAAAAGCAAGAUUUUAUGUACUUGCAGUUACUGUAGGGCAUUUUACAUACAGUAACUUGCUACUUUACAGAAACUUCGGUGUCUAAUUCCUAACAUUGCCCCUGCCUUGGGUUGAUCAUUUUCAGAAUAAUUUAGAUGUGCAUGUUGAUUUUUAAAGAACUUUUAACAUUUGCCACUUGAAUCGGUCAUGUUGGCCUGCCUAUUGAGAGGAUUAUCUGAAGAGUGAAGGUGAAGGUACGGAGCUCCCUGAAGAUGUCUAGCUCAUGUUCCUUCAAACUGUCUGGACAUUUGCUGUUUAACUGCUGAAGCUUUCCUACCAUUUGUUUUUCUCCUGAAGCCUUAAUCUACUGAGGGAUCAGAAUUGGCUGCUAUGGAAUCAAGACCAACUAAAACAUGAAAUGAUGUAUUCAAGAUGAUCCAGCCAGAAGAUUUUUCACUUCAUAGAAAUCUUAUUUUUGUUUAAUAUGUAAUAUAAUUUGACAAAGCCAAGUUCAAUUACUUAUCUUAAAAUUAAGAGAUACCUGUGGCCUUCAUCAGAAAUGUUUCUAACAUUUUCAAGAAAAAAUAUGUCCCAGAAACUGAGUAUGUUUUUACUAGUUUUUGGAAUCAUUUGGGGUUUGAUGUUGCUACGCUACACUUUUCAGUAUCCAAGACGCCAAAGCAGUGCCGAGUUGCGUGGACAAAUAUUAGAUCUAAGUAAAAGAUAUGUCAAAGCACUGGCAGAAGAAAAUAAAAAUUUAAUGAAUGGUGGCGGUGGAGCCUCUAUGGCAGGAUAUGCUGAUCUUAAGAGAACAAUUGCUGUUCUUCUGGAUGACAUCUUGCAACGCCUUGUGAAAUUGGAAAACAAAGUUGAUUACAUCAUUGUGAAUGGCUCAGCAACAAAUACCACCAAUGGAACCAGCAAUCAGGUGCCAGUAACUUCAAAUAAACGUGUAAAACCAGCAAGCAACAUCAGAUAGCACACAGGGCCACUUUCUGUUGCUACAUUUAUGAUAAGUAGUAUUUAAGAUAAGCUUUUUAUCUCUGGCUAGGGCAAAGCAGUAGUUGACUCUAAAAGAAGCGUAAACUAUUCUAUUAUACAAUGUGCUGGAUCUAUGUAGGCCUAACUCACGCGCAUAGGUUCUCAAAGUAUUAUUUCAUUGCCUUUGAGCAGUACUGCUGAAGUGAUCUUUGUUGUCUUUAAAGAUAUUUUGAUAUCAUGAUUUGAUGUAGUAUGCCAUUGGGUAGUAAUGAUAAAUGGAAAGCAAUGGGGAACUUAGAACUAGGUUUCGAAAUAUAUUUAUUUAAGUAUAAAUAUUACAUACCUUUUGGAUAGGUGAGCAGUAUUGUAGCUUACUCAUUUUUUGUGGUCUGCAUUAAGCCGACGUAACUGAGGAAAACGCAUUGUUAAAACAGAUGUUAGAAAAUGUGUAUACUUAUAAUAUUUUGUUACUCAUUUACUAAAACAAUAUUAAAUUGAGGAUAGCAUUGGCAGUAAUAUUUUAAAAUCGUGACCCAAAGAAUGUCUUUACUUGCACUAUCUGUCAGAAUAGCUAGAGAAAACUUACUGUAUAUUUAAGAAGGUUAAUUAUAAUAGGAAAACAUCCUUGGUAGUAACACUGUCCAGGUAUAUCUUUAUGCUGGAGUUAGGGCAGUUAGAUUAUCAAAAGAAAAUAAUAAUCUGUGAUAUAAUAGAUUAUUAUUUCUUACAAAGAUAUUUAAGUGUAUGUAUUUUGUAAUUGCAGAUAAAAUUAUUUAAGUGAAUGAAAUAAGCUUUGGAUAUGUGAAUACUGUUUAUUUUUAUUCAUUGCUGUUUCUUUUUAACUUUUUAGUAUCUUGCAAUUUGUGAUGAGUAUAGCACACCAUCUCCCUAAAUUGCUUUUUUGAUCAGGAGGAAAAGCAAUGAAGGGAAACGAGGCAUCUCUGCAUUUAACAGAGAUGUAUGUACUAAGGGUGUCUUAUCAUGGAAUAUUUGAGAGCUAAGGUAAUAUUUGCCUUAUGUCUAAGUUAGCCUUACAGCAAAGUGAAUUGCAGUGAUGAUGCACUAUAUUUCAAAAUGUUACUGAAGUCAUAUUAAAGAGAAAGUGCCACUGAGCCUGUUUUUUAAAAUGUACUGAAUGUUUGUUGGGGGGGAGGGUAUGUUCAGGGACUUUUGCCCAAAGUGUGCUGUGAGUGCGUUUUUGGGGGUGGGUGAGGGUGGUCUAAUCCUAUAUUAAGGAAAAAAAAAACAACCCACCAGUAAAAACAGAGGUGCUGGAUCAUAUGCCAUCCACAAUUAUGGGUUUUUUCUGUUGUUCUGUUUCCCUGCUGAUAUCCUGGACUGUUACAAAGGAAAAAUACAACCUUAGUAGCCAGAUGAUUUUU